CUUCUAUACGUUGCGUGUCAUGUGGAAGCGGUAAACAGGCGUGUCUUCAGCCUACAAACCCUCUAUCCAUCUACAUACAUGUCAUUCAGCUCGGUGAUGUUUUUCACCAACGCUUCUUUUCUUUUAUUUACCUUGAACUCAGCAGCGUUUCCAUUCUGCGCUGUGUAAACACCAGUUAAUAAAUCAGCUGGCCACUGCACCCUGGGGCUUAACAAUCCCUUAUUUACUCCCCGUCAGCUGCAGUCAAGACAAAACCUCUUUACCGCAAAGUGAUGGAUCUGCUCUUGUCCUCUUGUGUAAAGUCGUGCAUCAAACUCCAUCAUCCGGAAGGGAAGCAGCUACGGAGAGCAUCAGAGGCGGAACUAUAAAAGGAGUAAGAUCCAAAUCACCUCCUCCUUCAGGUAACCCGAGAGCAGCAGGUCACUCUUCUUCCUCAUCGGCUACUGAUGACAUCAGCAGUUUCAUCUGAGAAGAAAAUUCAGUCUUCACUAAGCCUCUGAUUUGCCAUCAGGGAAAAAAAUGUUUCUAGUGCUGAUUUGCAUCUUAAUGCUGCAGGACGUGCAUGCUGCCUGUAUUGUGGUGAAUGUUUGCCCUGAGAACACUAUGGUGCAGGCUGAGAUCGUAGACGUGCACAACGACUUCAGGAGAGCAGUAGAUCCAUCAGCCGCCGACAUGCUGAUGAUGACCUACAGUGAGGAGUUAGCAGAACACGCUCAGGCCUGGGUUAAUAACUGUACUAUGAAACACGGACCACCCAGUGCCCGCAUGAUUGACGGAUAUGAAGUAGGUGAGAAUCUGUUCUUCUCACCCUCUCCAACCUCGUGGAAGAGUGUCAUCAAUGCCUGGUAUGACGAGAAGUCUCAUUAUGUUUACCCUAAUGGCUCCAGAGAUGGAACACGCAUCAAUCACUACACACAGCUGAUUUGGAACAGCUCGUACAGAGUUGGCUGUGGACUCAACCUGUGCAACAGCACCUAUUUCUAUGACUGUCGUUAUUAUCGAGCUGGAAACUUUAAAAGAUGGCCACCUUACAAGCUUGGAAAGCCAUGUGCUUCCUGUCCAAACAACUGUGUGGACAAUCUCUGCACCAAUCCCUGUCCUUACAUAAACAAAUACAUCAACUGUCCCAAACUGAAGAACACCACCGGCUGCAGCAACGAGCUGGUGUCGGCCUGGUGUCCAGCUUCAUGCAAUUGCAGCUCUGAGAUUAUUCCAAUCUAUUAAACUCUAAUAAUCCCAACAUGUGUCUGUAGCUGAAACAAACCAGGAUUAGAUUAGUCUGAUCUAAACAAGAUGAUC